AUGGGAGUGGUUUUAUCAAAAACAAAAACCAUGGGAGAACCAAAACAAAACCAUGUCAACAACAACAACAACAACCUUAACCUUGUUGAUGAUGAUGAUUCCACAUGGUACGAGGAAGUUAUCGAUGAAGAUCUCAAAUGGUCUUUUAAACUCAACAGUGUGCUGCAUAAAGCUAUUAGUGAAUACCAGGACAUUGCUCUGAUAGAUACAAAGCGUUUUGGAAAGGCUUUGAUGCUUGAUGGGAAGAUGCAAAGCUCUGAAGCUGAUGAAUUCAUUUAUCAUGAGUGCUUGAUUCACCCUCCUCUUUUAUGUCAUCCCAACCCCAAAACAGUGUAUAUUAUGGGAGGUGGUGAAGGUUCUUCAGCUAGGGAAGCUCUCAAACACAAGUCAAUGGAGAAAGUAGUUAUGUGUGAUAUUGACAAGGAGGUGGUAGAUUUCUGUAGAAAAUACCUUGUUGCGAAUAGGGAGGCAUUUGCUAACAACAAACUUGAUCUUGUCAUCAAUUGUGCCAAGGCUGAGUUAGAGAAGAGAAAUGAGAAGUAUGAUGUAAUUGUUGGAGAUUUGGCUGAUCCACUUGAAGAUGGGCCUUGCUAUCAACUCUAUACUAAGGACUUUUAUGAGAAUGUGGUGAAGGCCAAACUCAAUAAAAAUGGAAUUUUUGUGACUCAGGCUGGACCAGCAGGUAUCUUCUCACACAAAGAGGUCUUCACCUCUAUUCAUAACACCAUAAAACAGGUCUUCAAAUAUGUGGUGGCAUAUUCAACUCAUGUACCAUCAUUUGCUGAUUCAUGGGGAUGGGUUAUGGCUUCAGACCAACCAAUAUUGAUUGAUGCUGUGGAAAUGGACAAAAGAAUUGAAACAAGAAUCAAUGGAAAAUUGCUCUAUCUAGAUGGUGUUUGGUUCCAUUCAUCAACCAUCAUGAAUAAGACCGUCUCCAAAUCGCUGCAGAAUGAAACUCAUGUGUACACUGAAGAUAAUGCUAGAUUUAUUCCUGGACAUGGCAUAGCUGUUCGUAGCUAA